GAGAGAGGGAGGGAGAUCUGAGUACAGUCACGUUAGCCAUUAAUGGCGAAGUACGAUCUUAGCCGUUAGAUGUCCCGUCGCUGAAAAAAAAACAUUUUCGACCGUCCGAUUUCGCGACCCCCUUUCAUUGCUCCUCUCCUCUCGCUCUAUCUCCGUGUUUCAGAUCGGGUUUGAGGAGAGAAUCGAGCGGGUCCGAGUUUGGAUUUUGGAUCUUCUUCCGGUACUCGCUCUCAGGGUUUGAUUCAGAUUUGAGGAAGAUCUUCGGCUGAGGAAGAUAUAGGAACUGCUGGUUUCUAGGGUUUUGCUUUUUUAUCUUGAAACCUGUAUCCUCUCUUCUUUAUUCUAAUAGGGUCUGAGUUCAUGGUGAACAAGAUCCGGUUGAACAUAGUAGAAAGCUUUUUCGGUUUCUUCACGUAGUUGUGGAAGAAGAAUCAGUGAAAGAGCAGUUCGUCAAAUUCUAGGGUUUCGCAAAUUUUCUGGAAAUGGAAGGAAGUAAAGCUUAAAAAGCAGAAGAAGUCGAAGAAGAAGAAGAAGAAGGAGGAGGGAACUGAUGGAAGAUUACUCUAAGUAUACGCACAGUCCUGCCCAUCUCGCAGUCGCUCUUCGUGAUCAUGCGGCUCUAAGGCGAAUAGUGACGGGCCUACCUCGAGUAUCCAUGGCCGGGGAGGUUACCACCGAGGCAGAGUCUCUCGAGGCCGAGCUUCGAGCUGAUGCCAUCUCGGCUGUGAUUGAUCGCCGUGAUGUUCCUGGCCGCGAGACCCCGUUGCAUCUCGCUGUUCGUCUUCGAGACCCGAUCUCUGCCGAGAUCCUGAUGUCUUCUGGCGCGGAUUGGAGUUUGCAGAACGAGAACGGUUGGAGUGCACUCCAAGAAGCGGUUUGCACGAGAGAAGAGGCGAUCGCUAUGAUAAUUGCACGGCAUUAUCAGCCUCUUGCUUGGGCGAAAUGGUGUAGGAGGCUUCCCCGAAUCGUUGCCUCCGCAUCCCGUAUCCGUGAUUUCUACAUGGAGAUAACUUUUCAUUUUGAGAGCUCGGUGAUACCCUUUAUUAGCCGGAUUGCCCCUUCGGAUACUUAUCGGAUAUGGAAACGUGGCUCGAAUCUCCGUGCUGAUAUGACUCUUGCGGGAUUUGAUGGGUUCCGGAUUCAGCGGUCAGAUCAGACUUUUCUGUUUCUAGGGGAGGGUUACUCAUCUGAUAACGGGAAAAUGUCGUUGCCUCCCGGUUCCUUGAUCGUUCUUGCUCACAAGGAGAAAGAAGUGACGAACGCUCUGGAGGGAGCCGGUACCCAACCGACGGAAGCUGAGGUUGCUCGGGAAGUGGCUUUAAUGUCGCAGACUAAUAUGUAUAGGCCCGGGAUCGACGUCACUCAGGCCGAGCUAGUUCCUCACUUGAACUGGAGACGGCAGGAGAGGACGGAGAUGGUCGGGAACUGGAAAGCGAAAGUCUAUGACAUGCUCCAUGUUAUGGUGAGCGUGAAAUCGAGACGGGUUCCGGGCGCAAUGACCGACGAGGAACUGUUUGCUGUUGACGAAGAGAGGACGGCGACGAAUGGCGCUGAGAACGGUGACCUGGAAGACGUAUUGACGGCUGAGGAAAGAAUGCAGUUGGAUUCCGCCCUUCGGAUGGGGAGCUCCGAUGCUAUUGACGAUGAGGAGAACGAGGUCGUUGACUACCAUGAAAACGGUUCCGGAGAGGCUAAUAAUGGAUCUGUCAAGGAGAAGAAAAGCUGGUUCAGCUGGAGUAAAAAGAACGCGAAAACUGGUCAGGAUGAAUCCGAGGAUCCGAAACUCAAGAAAGGCUCGAAAUUAGUACCAGAAGACAGCAACCCGAAAGGGAAAAGCCUGAAAUCGGAGGAAGAAGUCGGAGGAGAAGCCAAGAAAGCGAAGGACAACAAAGGGGUAGCAAAGAAGAAAAAGAAAAAGGGCGGAACGGAUGAGGGCGCGAAGCACGAGAGUGAAUACAAGAAGGGAUUGAGACCGGUUUUAUGGUUAACACCCGACUUCCCGCUUAAGACGGAGGAGCUUCUUCCGCUUCUCGACAUAUUAGCCAACAAGGUGAAGGCUGUGAGGAGACUCAGGGAGCUUCUCACCACUAAACUUCCUCCCGGGAUGUUCCCCAUUAAGCUCGCGAUCCCCAUUGUUCCAACCAUACGGGUUCUCGUCACAUUCACGAAAUUCGAAGAGCUUCAGCCGGCUGAAGAGUUCUCGACUCCUCCGUCAAGCCCGGUUUUUCAUGAUGCAAAGUCUGAGAGCUCGACGUCGUGGAUCUCGUGGAUGAGAGGCAAUCGAGGCGGCCAGUCAAGCGACAGCGACAGCAACCGUUACAAGGAUGACGUGGUGGACCCUUUCCUCAUACCGCAAGACUACACAUGGGUGGACGCGGCCGAGAAGAAGCGCAGGCUCAAAGCCAAGAAAGCCAAGACCAAGAAGAACAAGAAACAGUCGUCUGCCUCUGCAGCAGAGGCCAGCGACCAGGCUGCUGCCCGGUCCGGUCAAGCUAGGGACGAAUGAUAAUAAUAAUAAUUGGCCUGAACCUUUUUUUUUACUGCGUUUCUUCCGGGUUUAGGGGUUUGUCUUCGGUUGGGUUCUCAGGGGAUGUCCGGUGAGAAAAGGCUGCUGGUUGUGUUGUUGCUAUUUGCUCUUUGUAAUGUCAUUGUUAUUUUUUUGUGAUAAUUGUUAAGGAACUCAAUUUGAUCGCA